GAACAGAGAGCUAGUCCAGUCUAGGCACUUGGAGGCCAACAAGACCAUCUUGCACGUCCAUGAGAUCUCAGUGAUUUUAACUGCUCUGCUUGGCUGUGGACCACACAUCAUUCACCUGCCCCCAAAGUGCCUCGCGACUCUGCCUCCACUCCACUCCCAGCACGCUUCCUGAAGUGCUUCUUGGGUGAAGAGAACGCGUUCUCUUAGAUCUCCGGAAGCUGGGGCCAGGAAAUGGACGCAGUGGCCCUUGAAGACGUGGCUGUGGACUUUUCCCAGGAAGAGUGGGCUUUGCUGGAUCUUUCCCAGAGGAAACUCUACAGAGACGUGAUGAUGGAAACUUUCAGAAACCUGGCCUCUGUAGGGUCAGAUUCUCAAAACCUUAAUGAUGGAGAAAAUCUGUCCACUGAAAAUAUAAUGGUUCUAAUCAUGAAGAAUGACACCUGGCCCUCCAUUUUAGAAGAAGUCUGUGAGUUGCAAUGCAUUGAAGGGCAGAAUAACAGCCAAAAACCAGAUAUGAGCAUGCUGCCUAUUUUUAACAGAAGAAAUACAGUAGAGGACCUCUGUGAAAGUAAUGAAGACUAUCAGUGUGGACAAAACUUCAACUGGAUUCCUGAUCUUUCUGUUCUCAAAAGAACAACUCUGGAAGCAUGUCCUUCUGAAUUCCUUAAAUGUAAAGACUCCUUGAUGGAUCAAUCAUCACUUAGAUAUCAUGUCAGAUAUCAUUCUGAAUGCAAUGCUUACCAGUAUAGGGAAUGUGGAGAAGCCUGCUGUUGUCUCUCUUACCUCUGCACUCCUGUUGGAACUAUUCCUGGAGAAAAACCCUAUGAAUGUAAUGAAUGUGGGAAAGCCUUUACUUGGCCAUCCCAACUCAAUUCUCAUGUAAGAAGUCACAGUGGUGAGAGGCCUUAUGAAUGUAAGGAUUGCGGAAAAACGUUUCGUCACUCCUCACACCUCACUACACAUAUGAGAAUCCACAGUGGAGAGAGGCCUUAUGAGUGUAAGGAGUGUGGGAAAGCCUUUCGUCAUUCCUCACACCUCAUCAUACACAUGAGAACUCACAGUGGGGAACGGCCUUAUGAGUGUAAGGAGUGUGGGAAAGCCUUUAGCCAGUCCUCAGACCUGACCAGACAUAUGAGAACACAUACUGGAGAGAAAUCUUAUGAAUGUAACGAAUGUGGUAAAGACUUUUCUCAUUUCUCAAACCUCAUUAUACAUAUGAAAAUUCAUAGUGCAGAGAGACUUUUUGAAUGUAAGGAAUGUGGCAAAGCCUUUCGUCAUUCCUCGCACCUCACUAAUCAUAUGAGAACUCACAGUGGAGAGAGGUCUUAUGAAUGCCAAGAAUGUGGCAAUGCUUUUCGUAAUUCCUCACACCUCCUUACACAUAUGAGAAUCCACAGUGGGGAGAGACCUUACAAAUGUAAAGAGUGUGGGAAAGCUUUUAGUUGGCCAUCACACCUCACUUCACAUUUAAGGACUCACAGUGGAGAGAGGCCUUAUGAAUGUAAGGAAUGUGGAAAAGCCUUUCGACAUUCCUCACACCUUAGUAAACAUGUAAGAACUCAUAGUGGAGAGAGACCUUUUGAAUGUAAGGAAUGUGGCAAAGCCUUUAGUCAGUCCUCAGACCUCACUAGACAUAUGAUAACUCACAGUGGAGAGAGGUCUUAUGAGUGUAAGGAAUGUGGGAAAGCCUUUCGUCAGUCCUCACAUCUUGCUAUACAUAUGAAAAUUCACAGUGUGGAGAACCGUAACGUAUGAAAAAUAGCUGACAAACAAUUCAUAAUUGUUUCAUAAUUUCUCAUACCUCACUGCUUAUAUAAGAACUCACCAUGGAGAAAAUCCUUAGGUAAGUAAUGUGAGAUGCCUUAGAGUUUAGUGCUUCUUGAAUAUGAUUUCACACUGGGGGUAUUGGUAUGAAUGUAAGGAACGUGGAACGCAUUUAGUUUUUCCACAUCAUUCACUGAGUACAUAAAAAAUUACCCGGAGAGAAGGAAAUAGGCGAUGUGGGAAAUUCUUUUGCAAAUCCUCAGAUCUCAUUAAACAUGAAAAUUCACUGUAGAUUGAAGCUUUAUGGACAAGGGGCUUGCCCCUGUAUUUUAAUUAUGAUAACACAACAAUGGUUAGUUACAGAACUUUAACUUCACCCUUUAAGCGUGCUCCUUCUACAUCUAAGGUUAAUUCUAGCAAAACCAUAGCUUUGUUGUCCCAUGCAACAAAUAAACAUUCGACAAUUCUCCAUGAAGUGUCUAUUAUAGUUGUUUUUGAAGCAGCAUCCAAACAGGAUUUCCUUAGUGCCUUUUAAUUUUUACAUCUGUUUAAUCUGUCAUGUAAAAUGUUAAAAUAUUCUGGAACUUGAAACAGUGAAACCUGUGAAUGAUGGAAUAUGAUAAAGUCAGAAACUUGUCAGAAAAGAUAAACUCACUUGGUAUUUAUGAAGAAAGAUUCUUAGAGUGUUAAAUUUGAUAAGCACCCUAUAAAAAGUAAAACAUGUGUUAGGCCAAGAAAAAAUAGGCAGUCCCAUCAUAAUCUCCCUCCAUAGGUUUCACUGUAUGUAUUUCAUCAUGACUUUGUUUAGUUUAUCUUUUGUAAUUUUUUUAAAGAUGUACUUUGGGUGUACACAGUUCUGACUAAUAUAAAUGCAAAUCAAACAGAUUUUUAAAUGUUUUGUAGCUAUAAUAGUAAAAUUGAAAUUUGAAAUUGCCAGUGAAAAAUCGUAUUUAUUCCAAUAUGCUUAUUUACUGUUGAUGUAAAAUGUAAAUGAAGUUAAUAAUUAGUAUAAAUUUAGUUAUGGGACUUCUUACAUUUACAUCUUUUUGUUCUCAGUCUUCCAGAACCCAGAGAAAACAGCAUCUUAUAAGUUUUACUUUUGUUAAAAAUAGGUUCACAAUUCCAGAUUACUCUAACUCAUGUUUUCCAAUGAUUGAUUACUUUUUUAAAUUAACUAGAAUUAAAGGUAAUCCCAUAUCUUAACAGCAGUAGCCACAUAGGAUGUUGGUAUAGCCCAAUGCACGUGUGUGUGUACACAGGACGUGCUUAGCUCACUGUGUACCGUGUAGUAAGACAUGGAAUAAACCAUUUCCUUCUAUGUCCCCGGUUCCUUUUAAAAAUCAAGGUCUGUGCAAUACAUGUCCUCAGGGAUAAUCAAACCUGCUGCUAUUGAGUCAAUUUUGUCAACCUUUUGUGGAAAAGAUAAAAAUAAAAUUAAAAACUCUUGUCA